GCUAUCGCCGUAUAUAAGAAAGCGAUCGUCGAGAAGCGUUCAAAAGCGCGGAUCAUCUCGCACCAGUCGACAAAUACAGUACGUUAAUAGACGUUGCUUCUUACGGACCAACAGCUUCACUUCUUCGAGAUGUUUGCGAGAGUUCCAUGGGUUGCUGUGACAAUAAUCGCGCUAUUUUGUGUUUAUACUUCCGCUCAAACGGUAUCACAGGUUUGUCUAGGUUGUAUGUGCGAAGUUCAAACAGCAUGUAACACCACUAUCGGAUGUUCGGGAAGCAUAUGUGGACCUUUCUCUAUAACAUGGGCUUACUGGUCUGAUGCUGGUAAACCAACUCUAAACAACGAGCCGGUCAAUAACGAUGCUUUUUCCAGAUGCGUUAACGAUCCCUACUGUGCUGCUGGUACGGUACAAGGAUAUAUGACAAAGUUCGGUCACGAUUGCACCGGAGAUGGAAUAAUCGACUGCCACGAUUUUAUACGUAUUCAUAAACUUGGUCCAAAUGGUUGUACCGCCGCGCUAUCAGAGAAAACUGUGAAUAAAUUCAAUUUAUGUUUACAAACCUUCGACAAACAAUGAUGUGUAUGUCAUGGUACCACCUAAUAACAAUCAUCUAAUUAUCGCAAUAUAUGCAUAUCCGAUAAGGAGCCAUCUUGUAUCUUUAUCAAAUAUUUGAGAUACUGCUGUUCGCUCUUGUUAGUAAUGUAGGGGUAUCUCGAUCCGCUUUCAGUUUCGCUUAAUUAAAUUUUAUCUACGAAGGGCGUCGAAGUAAAACCGGCGCUUUUGAUUGUGCAAAAUAGUAGAACACGUUUAUGGAAACUGUCUUUAUUUUUUAAUAUAAUCCCCUGCUAAUGUACUCAUCCUUGCAUUUCACUAGUGCUUAAAUAUCGCCAGCAUAAAAAGAUUUCUCAGUACGUCGGAGCCAUGAACAUCAUAUUGUCCUUACCACUUGCACAUUACAGGAACUCCGCUGGGAGUUAUUUUCCCUCUUACAUUCUUGAUUUUGCUCCAAGCGAUUUUCAUUUGUUUGGGCCAUUUAGGAGUUUUCAGUUCCUAGAAAGGCCAGUGUUUUAGCAGCGACGAGGCAGGCAAUUCAAUCAAGCCUCCGACGUACUGAGAACUCAUUUUAUGUUGAUAAUAUCCAAGCACUAGCGAAACGCUCGGAUAAGUACAUUAAUGUAGCAGGAAAUUACAACAGGAAAUAAAAGUAGUUUCCACUCUUAUAAAUGCGUUCUAUUAUUCUGCGUAAUCAAAAGUUUGACUUGAACCCUCCACAUAGUAUAAUUGUAUCUAUUAGAUACAAUUGAUAUGCGAUAAAUAUCUCAAUUGGAAACGUGUGUACGUACAUACGAUAUCUACAUAUGUCAUUGUAUUAAUUUUAAUUUAUUUAAGUAUUCAUAUUGCAUAAUUAUAUAGUAAGUUUGGCAUAAUAAUCAGUCUUAUUUAUACUAAUACAAAUAACAAGACAACAUUUAUAAUAAAAGCUUUAAAAGUUUCACAUGUAGAAUUUUGACUAGUACCACCUUUUUAUUAAAUUUUUCUGAUACUUUACAAGUUAUUACGUUUUCAAAAAAUUAAGACGACAAUUUAGGUGUUGUAGGUCACAUUUUAUAACACAUUUAAAUGAAGCAAGGUACGUACAUGUGUUAUCACUGUUUAUGAUAUUUAUAUAAGUAUGUAUAUUUUAAUAAAAUAAGAAUCCACUUUAAAGCAGGAUUUUUAAUGGUUGUAAGAAAGAAAUAGUUUAAUAUUCUCAGCGACUUUUUGGACGAUUAUGAAGCUUUCCUUUUUUCCUGUAUGAUUUUAGUUCUUUUUUUUCUAAGUUGGUUAUAUAUUAUAAUGUUUUUUAUACUUUAUUUAUUUUACCUUUGCAUAAUGAUUUGAAUAACUAAUUAAGAGAAAUUAGUGACGCUACCAUAUUAUUGUAUAAUAUUAAUGUUAACACUGAAUUAUUGCAUUUCACUUGUAUGUUAUUUGCAAUGAGUUAUUACACAAGUCAACAUAUUAUAAAUAUAAUAAACAUAAUGCGUUCAUAAA